AUGGUCUUCUUCAAAGACAUCUCCAGCGGUUCCUCCUCCGGCGACUACUCCUUCACCACCCGGAUCCAAGAUCCCCCGUACCGGCACUGCAAUCGCCUAGCAGAGCAGGAGCGUGUCGUCACCUCCGCGCCCAAGCGCGCCUCCUUCCACCUCCCCCCUUCGCCACUUUCCUGCCUUCCUCCAUUGCUCGCCGUCCCUAAGCCAGCUCAGGUAGCAGCAACUAGAGCCGACAUGAUGGCGGAGGCGUGGGCGGACGUGCUGCCGCCGCCGGCGCCCUACUUCGCCGGGCAGCCGUGCUGGGCCGUGCAGCCGGAGCGUCGCGGAGGGGGCGCGUGGACGCUGGAGGAGAACAAGGUGUUCGAGGAGGCGCUCGCGGCGAUCGACCUGGACGCGCCGGACCGGUGGGAGAUGGUCGCGCUGAUGCUGCCCCGGAAGACGGUCGCCGACGUGGUGAACCACUACCGGGCCCUCGAGAACGACGUGGGGUUCAUCGAGGCCGGGCUGGUCCCGUUCCCUCACUACGACAGCUCGUCCCCUUCGUCCGGGUUCACCCUGGACUGGGACGGCGGCGCCGCCGGCGCCGGCGGGUUCAGGCGCGGCUACUGCCUCAAGCGCGGGCGCGCCGACCAGGAGCGGAAGAAGGGCGUCCCGUGGACGGAGGAGGAGCACCGGCUGUUCUUGAAGGGGCUGAAGAAGUACGGGCGAGGGGACUGGAGGAACAUCUCCCGCAACUACGUGACGAGCCGCACGCCGACGCAGCCGGGGACGCUCGGCGGCGGCCACCCCUACGGCAGCGUGAAGCUCGAGCACCAGGGCUCGUUCAUGGACGGCAUGGUCGUCGACCUCGACGAGUCGCUCCUCCUGCAGAUGCAAUGCGGCCAGCUGUGA